UGGACCGUGGUUCAGAAUCAAAAAUUCCCAUUAAAAUCAUUGAUAAUAUCAUAAAUGUGAUAACCUAUCCGAUUUCCCAGAAUAUCAGUAAUUCAGUCAUCAGACUCAAUAAUAACUGUAACAGUAUAUAUAUAUUCACGAUCAGACUUAAACGUCUUUGAAUUAUUUACAUUGACGUAUCGUUAUCAUUCAUUUUUUACCCUUAUCAUUUUGCAGUUUCAUAAAGCUUGGUUCCAAUUUCCGAAUCUAUAAACGUCAUUCAAUUUCGUGUCCUGUUUAAUUAUUUUACAGGUUUGCUAUUUACAAUUAUUCUCAGCGGUCGUUGAUUUUUCUAAAAACUUAUUAUCCAUAAAUAUUACCACGCAGUGUGUUUCAUGAAGUAUAUUUAUAGAGCCAUAAAUUGACCGACCAGACCACUAUCAUCAGUUGAUGUUUUGACGUAUUUAUAGCGAAAUUUUUAUGUUCAAUGUCAAGAAAGUGUUAUUAUUAAAUAGUGCCAACAAUGGGCAGUAUUUUGGCUCGAUUCAAAGUAAGUUUUUGAAGAAAAAUUAAAUGUCCACAUUAUUGAAUUUUAUUCGGACUUAUUAAACAGAAUUAUAGUUUUUCUAUGGAGAUUAUUUCAAAACAUUUUUAUUAUUUCACACUCGUGGAAGUAGGUACCUACUAGAUACCUUUAAUAUAAAAACAUGUUAGAAUUUCAUUUUUGUUUAAAUUCAAUAAAAGUUCAUAAUAGUUUGGUAUUUUUCUAUUUGUACCAUUUUGGUUGAAACAUGCAAUACCUUUAUUUAUUAUACUACUGCUUUUAUGGGUAGGAAAUCCAUAAUUUAUAUUUUCACCCAAUGAAUGAUUCAAAGGUCAUAUAUUCUAAUGUGAUGCUGAUAUUAGCGUUUUAAAGAAUGCAGUCAUAAAUCUAAAAAUAGCUUUAUUAUUGCACAGAAAUAACAAAAAACAAAGAAAACAAUUUAAAAUUCAUACUUGACAUUUUUAAUGAAAAUAUUAGUACAAUUAAUUGUUUUUUCAGAAAAAAAAAGAUACUAAAGAAGUUUUGGAAUCAUUAGAAGAUGUAAGUUAAAGUAAGAAUGUAGGUAAUUUAUAUUUUUUAUUAUUUUUUUUUUUUUGUUAAAAACUGUUUCAGGAAAUUAUCUAUAUUGAAAACAUGACAUCAAAUACCUCACCAAUAAAUUAUUAUAAAAUUAUAUUCCAUUCAGCGGUUUUAUAUGGACUAAUUUCUAUUCUUUAUUAUUUUAAUAUACUUCCCUAUAAAGUAUUUCAAAACAAUUAUAUAAUAGCUGUUUUUGCAGCAUAUCCUAUAAUGUAAGAUUUAUUAAGUGUUAUGUAAUUAAAAUCAUUUUUUUUCUCUCAAUUAUUAUUAUGUAUCUAUUAUUUCAGAGCUCUUUAUUAUUAUAAAUUUGAUGUUUGGUAUUAUAAUCGAAAAAUAGUCGCGUAUAAAAAAAAAUUAAUAGAAUUACGAAGUGAAAAGAAAAAAAUACUUGAUGAAGUAAUGGAAAAAGAAACAUUCAAAGUAGCUAAAGAAAUUUUAGAAAAAUAUGCUCCCUAUCAACUUCAAUCCAUGACUUCUCAAAAUUUUGUAAGUAAAUUUGUAUUUAAUUUUGAUCAUAUUCAUUGCAUCAAUAUUUUGGAUUUAGAUUAAUCAAAGAGCAUUGUCGUCUCCAAAUAAUAGACCACAAUUGGCUUUGUCUGGUAGACAAAUAAACAGAGCACCAAAUAUGGGACCACCAUCAGCAAUAAUGUCAUCAGCAGUUAAGCCAAGUAUGUAAUAUAUUAUAUUACAUUUAUUAUAUGCAAAAUAAAUAUGUAUAUUUGUAUAUAUAUAUAUAUUCAUUCAUAUGUACAGAAAUAGAACAAAACAAAAGCGAAAAAAAUAUUACACUUAUAAAACUUCAAUAGUGUGUUUUUUAUACUUGAUUUAUUGAUUAUUAAUUUAAAAUAAGUAAUUUUCUUUAUACAUAAUUCUUUAUGCUUUAAAUGUUUCCAUCAGCUAUAUAUUAUAAUUGAGAUUAUAAUAUAGUAGAAACUCGGUUAACAAUCACUCUAUUAUUCAUCAUCUUAAAAUGUAAAAAUGUGGUGAGCUUGGUAAACUUAUUACGGUAUGAACAAUGCGGCGACUGCAUGUAGAAUGUAAUCAAAUGUAUGAAAACUGAUUGGAUUAUCUAACAUUUGUAAUAAACAUGAAAUAAAUAUUAUGCCUUUUAAAACAUCUAUAACUGAACUUUGCUCUGAAUCGUAUUUUCGUUAACAAUAGUUUAUCGUUGGUUAUAGGUAUAAUAAAUAACACUAUGUAUUCUACCUCGCCAACUAUCUAUCUAUAAUUGUGGCCGUACCUGUCCCCAAUAUCAUUUUUUUUUUUUCUGAAUAGCAUAACUUUGUUCUAAUUCUUUAUAGGGUUAGCUCUUCCAAGACCAUUACUUCCAAGAGAUCGUACUAUAUUUGAUCGUUUAGCUGAUAUUGUUCUUGGUGAUGGACCUCAAAAUCGGUAUGCUUUAAUAUGUAGAACAUGUGGCUCUCAUAAUGGAAUGGCUCGAAAAGAAGAAUUUGACUAUUUAGGUAUGAAAUUCUAUGGUGUUAUAAAUAAUAAUAAUUUACAUUUUUACUUUCAUAAAUAUGUUAAGUUAAUAUUAAGUUGUUUUAUGUAUGUAAACAAUGUAAUAUUUGUUUGUUGUGCUAUGUACUAUGCCGACAUACAUUUGCCUUUAGCGUAUAGAUGUGCUUAUUGUUCUCAAUGGAAUCCAUCACUAAAGCCCAGACCUCAAUUAGCAAUAAGUUAUGACAAUAAAGCAAUUACACAGAACGGUUAUGUAACAUCUUCUGAAACUAUUGAAGAAAUUACUGAUCAACUAUCAUUAAAAUGUGGUGAUUUGAAUACAAAUGGAAAUGUAAACUCUGAACAAACAAAUUCAAUUACCAGUAAGAUAUGCAAUAAUAAUUAAUUUUUUGUUAAAUUAUAUUUUAUUAUAUACAAUUUGUUUAGAUCCAGAUAUUCAAAAUUCAGAUGCAUCAGGUCCUACAAUUGAAGAGAUGGAAGAUGUGCUACCAUCAGAUGAUCUAAAUUCUAAAAAUGAUCAUUUAGAAAAACCAAUUGGUAUUUUACUUAAUACACUAAGUAAAAAAUUGUAAUAUAUUUAAUUUAGUUAGUCGAAAUAAUAAGUUUCAAUUCGUGUUCAAUUUUUAUUUUAAAAAUAUAUUCCAAAAAAGUUGUUUGGUAUUAAUUACUAAUUAUUUAUGUUAUACUUGUAUUUUAGAUAGUUCUGAUGUUCACCAGUAGCUGAAGAAUAUUUAAAACUUCUUCAAAUUUCUGUUAAGAAAAAUCAUAUGGCUCCCGGAAAAAGUGAUAAUAUAUUUUGUUGUUGUUAUUCAAAGUUUACAAAUAAUUUGAUGAUCUGGGAAUAUUUAUUAUUUAUUCAAUUUUAUUCUAAUAAAUCUCUUUAUUUAAAUACUUGAUCACAGUUUAAUGUAUACAGGGUAUUAAAUAUAUAUUUUGUCUAAUCAAUUAUAAUUUUUUAAAAAAAUAAUAAUCUAGAA